AUGGCACCUCAGGCUGAUGCUAUCUCCACCCACCACCUCCGCCGCCACCUCGUCCUCCUGCUCACCGUUGCAGCCGUGACGACAACACGAGCAGGCACCACGGACACAGCGGCCCCCACCCCAAGCGCCGCGGAGAGUCAAUCGACGGAGCCAUCGGCAGCGUCCUUCCUCCGCGUCCGCUGCGCCACCACGCUGUACUCGGCCCUCUGCUACGACUCCCUCCUCCCCUACGCCUCCGAGUUCCAGACCAGCCACGCCAGGCUCGCGCGCGUCGCGGCCGACGUCGCGGCGGCGCGCCUCCGCGCACUCUCCACUCGCGUGAAGGACAUCCUCCACCACGGCCCUGAGCCGGCGGAGGGGAGCGGCGGACGGCCUAGCGAGACCGACGCGCUGCGCGACUGCGCCAGCACGACCUCGGCCGCAGCAAACCUGGCGAGGCAGUCGUCGGCUGCGCUAAACGGGCUGGACGCGUUCCAGACGGCCAACGCAGCUGGCGGUGGCGGCAGCAGCAGGCAGUCCAGGUGGGAGGUGUCCAACGCCAAGACGUGGCUCAGCGCGGCAAUGACUAACGUGGGCACGUGCGCUGAUGGGUUGGAUGAAGCCGGCGCGACAGCCUCGCCAGGCGGGAAGGAAGUCACCGCCGGCAUAGUAAGCGUGGGGCAGUACACGAGCAACGCCCUCGCGCUCGUCAAUGGCAUACCACUGUGA